CUGGAAGCCUGCAGGUUAAAAUGCAAGGAACUUUGCAGGAUAGUUGGAGAGUUUGUUAAGAACUAACUGGCAGCCUAGUUUUGAAAAGGCAGCUUCAUAGAUUGUGGACGAUGGUUCCAUCAAUAAAGUUUUACAAAGGUCAACAGUACACUGCUUUAAAAACAGAAUGCCUACAAAACCACCAAGUGUUUGAGGAUCCUUACUUUCCUGCAACAAACGAGUCGCUGUUUUACUCAAGGUCUCCUCCAGGAGCAAUUGAGUGGAAACGGCCAAAGGACCUAUGUGAAUCUCCGCAGCUGUUUGUAAAUGGAAUCAGUUCACACGAUUUAAACCAAGGGGAUCUGGGGAAUUGCUGGUUUGUAGCUGCUUGUUCCUGUUUAGCUCUUCGGGAUGGUCAAUGGCAAAAGGUCAUCCCAGACUGGAAGAAGCAGGACUGGGACUCAAAAAAUCCAAGUAAUUAUGCAGGCAUCUUUCACUUCCGGUUUUGGCGCUUUGGUGAAUGGACUGACAUUGUGAUAGAUGAUCGUCUUCCAACAUUGAAUGGCAAGCUCCUGUUCUGUCACUCGAACUCCAAGGAAGAAUUCUGGAGUGCAUUAUUGGAGAAGGCAUAUGCAAAGCUGGCGGGUUGCUAUGAAGCUCUGGAUGGAGGAAAUGCGGGCGAUGCCAUUGUUGAUUUCACUGGUGCAGUGGCAGAAACCAUUGACGUGCAGAAUGCCAACUGUGCAGAAACCAAAUACAGUUACGUGAAGCUAUUUGAGAAGCUGUCAAAGGUGUACAAGCGAGGAGGGAUGAUUAGCUGUUCCAUCCAUGACAGAGUUAACAAGAAAGUGAUAACCAGCAAGUUGCAUGGACUGAAGACAGACCAUUCAUAUUCUGUGACAAACGUGCAAAGAGUCCGUCUGGGUAACACUCAGGAAAAAGUGUUCAUGAUCAAAAUGAGGAACCCUUGGGGUAAAGUUGAAUGGCUGGGCCCUUGGAGUGAUAAUUCACAAGAAUGGAAGAAAGUGACAAAAAAGGAAUGCAAAAGAAUUGGCGUUGAUGUUAUGAAUGAUGGCGAGUUCUGGAUGGCAUUCCAAGACUGGUGUGAACUCUUCACCAAUGUAAUUGCUUGUCGGCUGAUAAACACGUCUUUAUGGAGUAUCCACAAGACCUGGGAUGAGGUAAUACUACGUGGGGCCUGGAAAAGACAUGAAGAUCCAUUCUUGAACCGUGCUGGAGGAUGUACAAAUUAUCUGGACACUUUCCUGCAAAAUCCCCAGUAUGUCUUUGAUGUGACGAAGGAGGAGGACGAGGUACUUAUUUCACUGCAGCAGAGAGACAAACGCAUCCACAAGAUGGAAGGAAAGGGCAUGAACUUGAUCAUCGGUUUCAGCAUCUUCCAGGUGGAACUGAACCGAGAGUAUAGACUGCACAGUUUCUUUAAGAAAGUAGCAACAUCAGAUUACAGUGCAAAUCGGAGUAUUUUCCUGCGAACUGACCUGAAGAAAGGACGCUAUGUCAUUAUUCCAACUACGUUGGAGCCAAGUAAAGAGGGUGAUUUUCUGCUGAGAGUCUAUACAGACAAGACUUCUGGAUGCAGGGAAAUGACCCUAGAUAAGCCAGAGGUGACAUGCUGGAACAUCAUUGUGCGUUACCCACGGAUUGUCACAAAGCUGCUCCUUCACAGUGCAAAAGAUCUCCCAGUGCAAGACGCCUCUGGAGGAGCAAAUCCAUACGCAGUAGUUAAAUGUGAAUUUCAAAGUGUACGUACAGCUGUCUUUGAAAACACGCUGAAUCCACAAUUUGAUUCCAGCGUAAUAUUUUACAGGAAGAGCCCUACCCUUCCAAUAAUCAUUCAGAUUUGGAACAGCAACAGAAUUUGUAAUAAGUUAAUGGGGGAGGUGACCCUGGAAGGAUCCCAAGAUAACCCCAUCACUCAACAGACCUUGCAGCUUCAGAAAAAGGGCCAGCAGGAAGGCGAGACGCCAGGCAGCAUUACCAUCACUGUCAGGAGCAGCAGCAACCUGGCAGCGUUCUGAAAGGCAAAGGCUGCCAAAAUAACCACACUGCAGCUGAAUUUCAAACACAUCCUUUUAUUCCUCCCAGAACAGAAUGAGGAGAUUUCAACAACAGCUUAUGAAAGAACCUGUCAACACUUACUUCCCUUCCUCUCCAACCCCCUAACCAUCACAAAAAAUGUUCCAAGUAUGUGACCCAAGGAAAAAUGUCUUAAUUAUUAUCUCCAAUAGCAACAGCCAAUCAUGUUCUGCACUGCAAAUCUAUUUUUAACCCAUUUCUGAUGAUUAGUAUGCUACUCAAAAUGCUGAAACAUAUGACUUGACUUAUUCCUCUCUUUAAAUGUAUAGAAAAGAUUUUCUUUACCAAAAUAACUUUAUAAGGCAUUGAUCAGAACAAAUCUGGGGUAUUGAGAGCAGUUUUGGGCCUUGUAUCUAAAAAUGGAUGUACUGGCAUUGGAGAUGGUCCAGGGGAGGUUUAUGAGAAUGUUUCUGGGAUAAAAGGGUUAACAUAUGAGGAGAGUUUGAUCACUCUGGGCCUGUACUCACUGGAGUUUAGAAGAAUGGUGUGGAGGGAGGGGGAGAAUCUCAUCAACAUCCAUUAAAUAUUGAAAGGCCUAGAUAGAGUGACUGUGCAGAGGAUGUUUUCAAUAGUGUCAGAGUCUAGGACCAGAGGGCACAGCCUCAGAGUAGAAGUAUGUCCAUUUAGAACAAAGAUGAAGAGGAAUUUAUUUAGCCAGAGGGUGGUGAAUCUAUAGUAGUAGUCUCUUGAAAUCCGAGGAAGACGAAUGUGUUGCGCAGUCAAUGUCUGUGGGCACGCAUACGACUUCUGAGGCCGAAGUCUGAAGCGCAGAUAUGGGUGCAGAUGGGGCAAGGAGCACCGCCUGUUGGGGCAGGAGCGGACACCUUCCUGUGUCUUUCUUGACUCGCCUUGAGGCGCUGCAUGUGCCAGUUGGCUUGGAAGUUGUUUGCUGCCUUGGAGCAUAGAUUGCGCAACUCGGACCGAUCAGCAGCAGUGUGUUCGAGAUCGCGGGGCUGGAGUUUGGCCCACUUAAGGUUUGACUUGAGGCUGUCCUUGUACCUCUUCCUUGGGCAACCUUGGGUACGGUUGCCCUGCUCCAGUUCUCCUAGGACAACUGACGCGGCAUUCUGGACUCAUCCAUGCGGAUUACACGACCGGUCCAUCUGAGCUGAGCCUUCAAGACCUUGGCUUCAAUGCUUGUGGAAUUGGCUUGGUCCAGGACUGUCAGGUUGGAGAUACGGUCUUGCCAGCGGAUUUGCAUGAUUGAUCGCAGAGCGCGAUUGUGGAAUUGUUCACGCUGUUUGACACGUCUGCGAUACAGUGUCCAGGUUUCACAGCCAUAUAGAAAUGAUGAGACCACAACAGCAUUGUAAACCUUCAGUUUAGUGGAGAGGCGAAUGUCUUUGUGCCGCAGAACUUUGACCUGGAGCCUUCCGAGUGCCUAGCUUGCUUUCUGGAUCCUUGACAUGAUUUCUUUAUCAAGGGCACCAUCGCUGGAGAUGGUACUCCCCAGGUACUUGAAGUUGUCAACGUUCCAUAGUUGUGCG